AUGGCGCGCUGCGAGCGGCUGAGCGGCGCGGCCCUGCGCGACGUGCUGGGCCAGGCGCAGGGUGUCUUGUUCGACUGCGACGGGGUACUGUGGAACGGCGAGCGCACCGUGCCGGGCGCCCCCGAGUUGCUGCAGCGGCUGGCGCGGGCGGGCAAGACCACGCUUUUCGUGAGCAACAACAGCCGGCGCGCGCGGCCCGAGCUAGCGCUGCGCUUCGCCCGCCUGGGCUUCGCGGGGCUGCGCGCUGAGCAGCUCUUCAGCUCAGCACUGUGUGCCGCGCGUCUGCUGUGCCAGCGUCUGCCCGGGCCGCCCGACGCGCCCGGCGCCGUGUUCGUGCUGGGUGGUGAGGGGCUGCGCGCCGAGCUGCGUGCCGCGGGGCUGCGCCUGGCGGGGGACCCCGGCGACGACGGCUUGCGCGUGCGCGCCGUGCUCGUGGGCUACGACGAGCACUUCUCCUUCGCCAGGCUGAGCGAGGCGUGCGCGCACCUGCGCGACCCCGACUGCCUGCUCGUAGCCACCGAUCGCGACCCUUGGCACCCGCUCAGCGACGGAAGCCGGACCCCCGGUACCGGAAGCCUGGCUGCAGCAGUGGAGAUAGCCUCAGGACGCCAGGCCCUGGUGGUGGGCAAACCCAGCCCCUACAUGUUCCAGUGCAUCACUGAAGACUUCAGUGUGGACCCCACCCGCACACUGAUGGUGGGUGACCGUCUGGAGACCGACAUCCUCUUUGGCCACCGCUGUGGCAUGACCACCGUGCUCACACUCACAGGGGUCUCACGCCUCGAAGAAGCCCAGGCUUACCUGGCAGCUGGUCAGCAUGACCUUGUGCCUCACUACUACGUGGAGAGCAUUGCAGACUUGAUGGAGGGGCUGGAGGACUGAACCCACCUCCCCCAUUCCCCGCUCCCAUAGAUGGAGGCUGCAGGCCAUGAGUCACAUUCGGCAACAUGAGCUGCCUGGCCCAGGUGUCUACCCCAGUGAAGGGAAGCUGGAAUCCAGGAAGGUUUGUGGGCCCUCAUAUCCCUCCCAGCAGUGGCUGGACACUCUGCUGUUCAGAAGCUGUCCCUCCACAUCUUGAAGGUUCAUCCUGGCCCGGCCCCACCAGGUAGCCUUAUUUCCUUCCCUGUCACCUAUCCUUCUUGAAUUAUAUAUAUAUGGGCCCCAAAGCCAAAUGAAAAUUUUCUCCAACCCUGAGUACUUAACUAAGCUCCUUCCCUUCUCUGGGAGCUGUAGUGCUCUGUCCUUAGGUCCUUGUGGACCAAUCAGAAGUCUAGGGAACUCCAGCUAUUCCUGGCCUGAACAGGCCUAUGGAAGGAAAGCUACCGGUAGUGACUGGUAUGUAGUGUCUCACAGUGGGCCCUCUGGACCAAGUAGGAGCUUAAAUAAAGAUCACCUUGCAUAUCCUGGAACCCCAGAGCACCAGUCAGAAGGCUAAGUGACAUUGACCUCUAGAUGUCCAUCAGGACAACAAUGAUCCACUGGCCUCUUAGAUCCCAAAUAGAACAAUCUACAAGUCUGCGACACAGUGGCUUUUUGAUAAUCCUGGGCUGACUGGAUCAGCCAGGAGACCAGGUCCUAGCAGGACAGGAUGAUAAAUGCCUGUACUUAACAGCACUUGGGAGGCUGAGGCAGAAGGAUUACUCUGAGUUUGGUGGCCUGGGUUGUAGAGUAAGACCUUAUUUCAAAAAGACCAACUUGAAAGUCAGCCUCAUCCAGGAACUGAUCGUGGGCCCUCUGUGACCCUGGGUGGGAUGGAGAGGCUCGCACCAUAGUACUGUCCAGUAUUGAUGGUUGUCACAGCUUGGAAGGGGCCCUUGUGUCCCGCCCCUUGAAGUCAGUGUUUGCUGUGCCACCUCUCUAGCUGCUCAUUCCCAGCUACUUGUUUAUUUAUUUAUUUAUUGUGUGCCAGUGAAGAUGGGGGCAGGGUGGGACCUUCCCACCACCUCCACCCUUGUUGUAACCAGUCCUUGAACUUAAUAAAAUGUAAGUGAGAGUGUCUGUA